CGGCAGAGGUUUCCCUCCUGCGGUCCGCGUCUCGUCGGUGUCUGAGCGGAGUUCUUCUGGAAGGGACGGCGGCAGACGCCCUCAAUGCGCGAUGGCCCGGCAUCGGAACGUCCGGGGCUAUAACUAUGAUGAAGAUUUUGAAGAUGAUGACUUGUACGGCCAGUCUGUGGAGGAUGACUAUUGCAUCUCACCAUCAACAGCUGCUCAGUUCAUUUACUCACGACGUGACAACCCUGAAGAAGAAUAUGGUUAUGAAGAUCUGAAAGAGUCUUCUAAUUCUCUUUUGAAUCACCAAUUAAGUGAAAUCGACCAAGCUCGCCUUUAUUCAUGCCUUGAUCACAUGAGAGAGGUACUGGGGGACGCCGUGCCUGAUGACAUACUGACUGAGGCAAUUCUGAAACAUAAGUUUGAUGUGCAGAAGGCGUUGUCGGUGGUUCUGGAACAAGAUGGUGUGCAGACUUUGAAGGAGAAGAGUGAGCGAGCAGUGUGUGCAGGACAGCCUUCAAAAGGAGUCUUAUUUUCUUCCUUUGAAGUUUCACCCAAAACUGUGCAGCCUUCUUAUGCUCAGUCAGACAGUCGCUUGGGUAGCAGUAGCACAACUUGUGACUGUUGUAGCUCAGUGGCAGGGUAUGGAUCCCAUAGCUCUUCCCUUGAGCCACGUCACUAUUUACUUCACAGCAGAGAGAAACCUGUCAGACCCCAAAGGGAAAAGGAACUAGGAUCAUGUAAGUUAACGAAAGAACUGGCUCUAGCUCACCUGAUCCGUGACGCGCCACGGGAUUCCUGUGCAGGCCAGUCGUCGGCCAGGCUGCCGCCCUCACACAGUGGGCACAGUGGGCUCCUUAGGAGUCUGGAUGCUGCUGUGAUGGGAGCUGCUGCAUCUGUGUGUGCGCCUGGAGAGGACUUUACCCUCAAAGGAAUACCAGACUUAGAGUCCCUAAUGAGGGGGGACACCGCAGCUAGUGGUCCUGUGGGUGUUCAGAGCAGCUCGCUACCUGAUUUGCAAAGCAUUCCAGUGCAGCUCGGCUUGGGAAGCUUAAAUAAUCCAUUGCACAUGUGUAGCCCAGUGGAAAAGAAUCCCAGGAUAAACACUGAAGUUGAGCAAAGUGCCACGAAUAACAUCGUAAAGAAUAACAGUUUACCAUUUUCCCAGCAUCAAAGUCCAUCCCUAGCUGAACUGUUUGAGCAACACAGAGAAAACAGCCCUGGCCAGUGCUUUACUUUGUCUGACCUGUGUAACCAGUCAUCUGCCAGCUUGGGCUCCCUUUCCCUGUCACAACUGGCCAGCCGCUCUCAGUCUGCUAACGGAGUGUCAGAAUUAACAGGGUCUCUGUCAUCUUUGGCAUUUUGUAAAACUGCUCCCACGAGAGACCUGGAGAAUUUAUCCCUUUCUGAUUUGAUUGCAAAAACGAUUGAACUAGACAAUUCUCAGAUUAAGAAAGAUUCCUUUGAGCUUAGUUUAUCUGAAAUGAGGAGUCCUGAAGUUGAUUCAAAUAUUGAUCUUAGUGUCUUGAUAAAAACUCCAGAGUUUGUCCCAAAGCCUGUAGUUGACCCAUCAGUUGCUUUAACACCAGACACUAAAGUUCUGAGUUCUAAGUUAGGGAAACCUUGCAAUCCUACUCAGGGUAGUAAGAAAGCCAAAAGAGCCUGCCUUGCCAGGGAAGCUCCUCUCUCUCUGCCGUGGACCAAGGCCCUUGCUGCUAGGCCUUCAGCCUUCGCCUCAACGCUGUGUCUUCGUUACCCACUGAGAAGCUGCAAGAGGCGCACUCUUGAGCUCUACAAGACGUUCCUUUAUAGCAGACAAGUUCAAGAUGUAUCGGACAAGGAAAUAAGUCCUCUUGUGGCAAUAACGCCGUUUGACUUCAAAUCGGCGUCUCCCGAUGACAUUGUCAAAGCUAAUCAAAAGAGAGCAUUUACUAGAGAAUAGGAACAGAAGGAAAACUUGGCUACUGUUGUAAGCUUUUUAUCUCAAUGUAAAGUUUUUGUAGGAUCAUUUUAUAUUAUGGGAUUCAAAUUGUGAUUUUUAUUAAAAUUGUCUUAAGUUCAUUAUAACAACUUAAGGAUUUUUGCACUGAGAAUUUUUUUUAACGAUGUCUUGGAGUAGUGACUUCAUUUAAGUUGCUAGCUCAUAAGAGUGUAUGUUUACAAUGCAUAUGGAAAACACGAUAUUGUGACUUGGACCUCAGAUAUUUCAUUUGAUAUCCAACUUUCUUAAGUUUUCUCUAUGAAAUAUUUUUGUCUUUUUUUCUUAAAUGAAAGUCAUCUCCUUGGAUUGUCACAGUUUGAAGACUGUCCUGAGGACAUGUGGCAUAGCUGAGGCAAGCUUAUAUUUUCAGCUAGUAUUGAAUCAUUCCUUGUUUAUUAUUUUAUUUAGGUGACCACUAAAACUUUCCUACUAGACAAACGUAAAGUUCUUGAUUUUUGCAAGUACUAUGAAAUCUGGUUAGGUGAAUUUUUGAUGAUGUAAUGAAAAUCUUUGAAGGGACCAUGUAUAUACUGGAAUUGGAUUAACAUAUAAUUAUUUUUAUACAUUAUAUAUUUUAUAGGUUUUAAGGCAUCCUCUUUAAAAAUAAACAUAUAGAACGUAUUUGGAAGUAUGUUUGCAUGUUAUUUAAAUAGUUUUACCAGCUCUCUGACAGUUGCUGUAGAGUGAGUAAUGAGAUGUGGAUCCUUUCCAUUUUGUUCCUGAUGGCUGUGUGCCCAGCAGUCCCAGAGUUCCACAGUGGCCACGCCCUGAGUGUGCUUAUGGUCAGCGGAGUAAAGGCACUUCCACAACAUGGGUAGCUAGAAUUGGGAGUCACCAGAGAAUGUUUUCUAAACAUAGUCACUGGUACUGCUUUUCAAGACUGGCUGAGGAGGUUUCUGUGGAAGGCCCUUGGGAAUGUAUUUUCUAGAUGAUACUUACGUGAUACAUAUGUCUGCUUUUCCUGGAGGAUUGUGGCAUAAAAAUUUUAAUGCCAAAUAUAUUAGACCAAGUUAAUUUCUAAUAAUCAGUGAUAUCAAGGACAAGUUAUUUCUUUUUAAGUAUUGACUAGCUGCCCACUAAGUGUUUUUUUUCCCUGUCAGCUGCUUCACUAUUCUUUGAUGUGUGUGUGUGUGUGUGUGUGUGUAUUCAGAUUGAUUUUUUUAAUAGUUUCAGCUGUACGUGAUACUGCCAUAUUCAGUAUUUUACUGAGCCACAAUACAAGUCCCAUAAUAUGUUUGUAAGUGAAUAUUUCAUAAAUGUUUAGGAGAUUAUAAAAACCACAACAUGCAUUUUAGGACUAGCAUUAAAGUUUGGGUUAUCCUUAGCUACUGUCUUUGAUUUUCUAGUCUUUACCUCUUGCAGUUUAGUAGCCCAAUGGUUUAGACGAUUUACCAACUAGAUUUAUGUGCAGAUUUAUGUGAGAGUUUGUAAUGUGGAAUUCCUCCUCAUAGCUUAAGCUCUAUGUGAUUCUCUUUCCACAGAAAGCCAGGUAUUCAUACUUGAUCCAUACUGAAGAGCAUGAAAGUAUUAUUCACCCUUUGUCACGGAGAAGAGAAACAGUGCUUUGUGAGCUACACUUAGUUAGGUGGGCUGUGUGCCCUUGUUGGCUGAGGAACAUCGAAACUACCACUUAGAUUUUUUUUUUUUCUUGUGCAGAAAAGGUUCUUGUGUGUGUGUGUGUGUGUGUGUGUGUGUGUAAUUACAUUUACAUGAUAUAUAGGAUACAUGUAUUUAUAUGUACAUAUAUAACAUUUCUUUUAAAAAUUAACUUCCUAGCCUUCCUUCCUGUUUCUCUUGACUUGCUCCUGGUCUGUCUGUCUGGCUUACCAAGGUCUUGUCCCUCUGACUGGGAAUGUCACAGUUUUUGAGUCUCAGAGUGAGGCUGAGAGUCUGCUGUCACCCUUACUGAGGUCCUUGGUGAAGAACAGGGUGUGUUCAUGGGUAACAGGCCGUUGUAUGUGUACAGUAAGUGUGCUGUGUACCAGCUGCUGCUGUCUGAGUAGCUCAGGGAUGCUGACUGUGUUAGGUUUACUUUAUUUCCGAUUUCAAACAUCCAUGUUGACACACAAAGCCAUCUUUGUGCUAUGAUCAAAUGCCUCCAUUUACAUAGGAAUACAAUAAAAUUAGUUCGUAGUGAUGUAAAAGGUGUUCAGAAUGAUCCCUUUGGUUCUUUGUUCUCUUCGAGCUUUACAGGAUCUGUUGUGCCUAUGGGCAUUUUGUCAUUCUCCUUGUAAAGGACAUGCUUCUCAGAAUUGUCUAGAAUCCCCAACCCUGUCAGUACAGAGCACUGAUGUUGUGUCCUGCUUUCCCACCUGCAUUUUCACCUGUGUGCCCUCUGCUUUGAACCGUCCUUUCUUUUACUCUUUCUCAAAGAAAUAGGAAUAGCUAUUGUAGUUGAUAUUGGUAGGGGCUAUCGUGAUGACACCACGGAAGGGCUUUGACUAUAAAAGGAAGCACUUCAGAUAGUACAGUGCAGAGAAAAAGAACACAUUUGUAAAAUGGCUGCUGUCUUCUAGGUUGGCCUGGAACAACAUGUAUUUGGAUCGUUACAUAGUGAAUACGAAUUAUGUAUUGUCAACUUUUUAUGUACACAAAUGUAUAUAUAUAUAUGUAUACAUAUAUUUGUUUAUAAAAUGAGUUCUAUAGUAGCUUAGAAAUUGUUUUCUGUAUUUUAAUAAUGGAAUGUGUAUAAGCAAAGAUAAUUGUGGAUAGAAUGGGAAGAGUCAAUAGGAAUUUCUAUGAUUGUUUCUUAAAUAUUUAUACUUGUAAUUAUAUAAGACUGUAAUUGUAUAACUAAUUUUCAGACUGGAAACUUGUCACAUUUUGAGUGUGUAUAUAUACAUUUUUAUAAAAGCUACAUUGAAAGAAA